AUGUCGACCAUCACACGCACCUUGCGCAACAUCUGGCGGGUGGGCCUCAAGGAGUAUGGUCACCAGAUACAAUAUAUUGGCGACACGAAAGCCGGUACACUCGUGGGCAUGGAUCGAUGCGGCAACAAAUACUACGAGAACAUGGCAGAGGAGCUUCCCCUUCGCACCAGAUGGGUUGACUACAAAGACAAGGAGUUCGACGCGAGCCAGAUAGAACCAGGCUGGCACGCCUGGAUGAGCUACAUGGUCGACAAGGCACCUGGGGAGGAUAGGAUCUUGGACAUUGGAAUCCGGCCGUGGGAGAGCAAGGAGCCAAAGAUCAACAUGACGCUGAGCAGGGCCGCGUAUCGACCAUACUCGACGACGAAACCCAAAUACUCGGCCUGGGAUCCGGUCGCGAAACCCAGAGACGGAUCAACGCCGUUUGCACAACGAGAUAUUCGUGAAGGAGCAGAAUUCGAGCCCAAGGCUCCUGCUUCAACUUCGUGA